CACACACACACUCACGACACGGUCUGGCUAGGCUACCUCCUCCGGCAGACGGCACCGCCGCCGAGCUCUCCCUCGGCCCCAGGAAGACGACCUCGGACUUUUCUUGAGGAGGAAUAUUUCGCCAAAAGGGGGAUUUUAAUGCCUGAGCUAAUAAUACUCCAUCCAGCACUACUCUCGGGUAGUUUGCCGAGCGUGUCUCUUGGCGACGAGCUGCGGCACGGGGCUGUGUCAAUCCGCAAGCUGUGUCUAGGUGCCCUCUCCCAGCCCCUCUCUGGAUGCAUCGGACUCCCCUGCCCCCGGGCCCUGGCCCCGGUGUGUGACCCCACCGCCCUCCCCUUGCUCACCCUGCCUUCCCUCACCGUCCUGCAGCUUCCAGGAAACAGAGGCGGUGGGCGAUGGCGGCGCCGCCGCCGGAGCGGCGGGCUCCCGUGGGCGCGAGCCCCGCGCCAUGAGCGGCGCCGCCUCCUCGGAGGGUAGGGUUCAGCGGGCCGACGUCACCCCGCAUCACUUCAAGCCCUUCAGCUCGCACGCGCACUACCAGCAGGUGAUGCGCGCGUUGGGUAAGCUCCAGGAGAGCGGCUUCUACUGGGGCGCCGUGGGGGGACGGGAAGCCAGCUCCCUGCUCCGCUCGGAGCCCCCCGGGACCUUCCUGAUCCGAGACUCCUCGGACCACCACCACUUCUUCACGCUCUCCGUCCAGACGGCCCGCGGCACCAAGAACCUGCGCAUCCACAGCGAGGUGGGCGGCUUCUACCUGCAGCCCGACUCCCAGUGCACCCAGGCGCCCCCCCAGUUCGACUGCGUGCUCAAGCUGGUGGCGCACUACAUGGGGAAGGGGCCCGAGGGCGGCGAGCUGAAAGGCCGCUGCGUUUACCUCAUCCACACCGGCGGGGAGCGCAUCCCCCUGGAGUUGCUGCGGCCCCUCUUCAACUCCCUGUCGUCCCUGCAGCACAUGUGCAGGCGGACCCUGAACAAUCAAGGCCUGGGGGGGUCGGAGCGGGUCCAGCAGCUCCCGCACACGCUCAGAGACUUCCUGGAGGAGUACGACGCCCCCAUAUGACCGGCAGGACGCGGACCAAGGAUCUUCCGGACCUGGACUGGUCAGUGCUUUUUGGGGAAGGGUCACGUGACCCUCGGUCGCCGAGCGUUCGCCUGCCAGACCGAGAUAUGGGUCAAGGGUCAACUCUCCCUUAGACGCAGAGCAGAGCCUCGUAGAAGACGAAACUCCCCGCUUAGAGGUGACGGCACAGGGGGCCCGAGGGGCACCGUCUCUGACUUCGACACGGGACCAAAACCAAACAGAACGAAAAUUCCCUCGCGGAAGCGACGAUAAUUAGGGGAGGGGCCUGAGGAGCGGGAAGUGGAAUCAGGAAAAAGGACAUUAGCGGCGCUUCUAGGGAAUGAUGGUCAGGGGUGCGCGUAGAUGAGUCUUAAAGAAGGGGUGUCCAAAUAUUUCCGUCAUUUAUUGGCCCUUUGCAUCGUCUAGAACAGUGGUUCUUAACCUUGUUGGAGGUACCGAACCCCACCAGUUUCAUGUGCGCAUUCACCCAACCUUUCUUUAGUGAAAAAUACAAUGUUUUUUUUUUCAAAUUCAAGACAAAGUUAUAUUUUUUUGGUAACACUUUAGUAUGGGGAACAUAUUCUAAGUAACAAAGACUUAAUUUAGAGUUAUUUGGACACUAGGGGAACGUAUUCUAAGUAACAAAGACUUAAUUUAGAGUUAUUUGGACACUAGGGGAACAUAUUCUAAGUUACAAAGACUUAAUUUAGAGUUAUUUGGACACUAGGGGAACGUAUUCUAAGUAACAAAGACUUAAUUUAGAGUUAUUUGGACACUAGGGGAACAUAUUCUAAGUUACAAAGACUUAAUGUAGAGUUAUUUGGACACUAGGGGAACAUAUUCUAAGUAACAUAGACUUAAUUUAGAGUUAUUUGGACACUAGGGGAACAUAUUCUAAGUAACAAAGACUUAAUUUAGAGUUAUUUGGACACUAGGGGAACAUAUUCUAAGUAACAAAGACUUAAUUUAGAGUUAUUUGGACACUAGGGGAACAUAUUCUAAGUAACAAAGACUUAAUUUAGAGUUAUUUGGACACUAGGGGAACAUAUUCUAAGUAACAAAGACUUAAUUUAGAGUUAUUUGGACACUAGGGGAACAUAUUCUAAGUAAUAAAGACUUAAUUUAGAGUUAUUUGGAAACUAGGGGAACAUAUUCUAAGUAACAGACUUAAUUUAGAGUUAUUUGGACACUAGGGGAACAUAUUCUAAGUAACAAAGCCUUAAUUUAAAGUUAUUUGGACACUAGGGGAACAUAUUCUAAGUAACAAAGACUUAAUUUAGAGUUAUUUGGACACUAGGGGAACAUAUUCUAAGUAACAAAGACUUAAUUUAGAGUUAUUUGGACACUAGGGGAACAUAUUCUAAGUAACAUAGACUUAAUUUAGAGUUAUUUGGACACUAGGGGAACAUAUUCUAAGUAACAUAGACUUAAUUUAGAGUUAUUUGGACACUAGGGGAACAUAUUCUAAGUAACAUAGACUUAAUUUAGAGUUAUUUGGACACUAGGGGAACAUAUUCUCAGUAACAAAGACUUCAUUUAGAGUUAUUUGGACACUAGGGGAACAUAUUCUAAGUAAUAAAGACUUAAUUUAGAGUUAUUUGGACACUAGGGGAACAUAUUCUAAGUGACAAAGACUUAAUUUAGAGUUAUUUGGACACUAGGGGAACAUACUGUAAGUAACAAAGACUUAAUUUAGAGUUGUUUGGACACUAGGGGAACAUAUUGUAAGUAACAAAUACUUAAUUUAGAGUUAUUUGGACACUAGGGGAACAUAUUCUAAGUAAUAAAGACUUAAUUUAGAGUUAUUUGGACACUAGGGGAACAUAUUCUAAGUAACAAAGACUUAAUUUAGAGUUAUUUGGACACUAGGGGAACAUAUUCUAAGUAACAAAGACUUAAUUUAGAGUUAUUUGGACACUAGGGGAACAUACUGUAAGUAACAAAGACUUAAUUUAGAGUUAUUUGGACACUAGGGGAACAUAUUGUAAGUAACAAAUACUUAAUUUAGAGUUAUUUGGACACUAGGGGAACAUAUUGUAAGUAACAAAGACUUAAUUUAGAGUUAUUUGGACACUAGGGGAACAUAUUCUAAGUAACAAAGACUUAAUUUAGAUUUAUUUGGACAC